GCCGGUGAUGGCGUUUUCUGUUGACCGUAAACAAGUUUGGUUAUAAUUAUAAAAUUAUUUACAAAAAUUAAGUACUUCCGUGCUACGUAUUCGUAGAAUUGAAUAAUUUUAAUGUAGUAUUACAUGUGUUGUUGCUGUUUUACUUAAAAAUUUUAGUGUGGAAGAUUUUACAAGCAUUGCCAGGAAACACCUAAGCAUUACCUACCAAAAAUGUUGUCAAUAGGCCCCAAAAUGGACGGAGGUCCGAAUAGCAAGUAUUUCGAGUCUUCGGAAACGUUAUCCACGUACGAGGGAAUACGGCAGUGGCUGCAAAAGAACGCAAAAAAGUAUGUGGCCAAUGAACCUUUGUCCAACAAGGUUUUAUGUAAUUUAACUACCCAGCUUAUGCAGUUUCAAGAGGAUUAUUUGGGUAAAAAUGCCCAAAAACCACCAAUGACGAGAAUUCCAAUUAAAUUUUUCCUUGAUUUUAAACCUGGUGGCGGGCUAUGCCAAAUUCUUGCAUCUGCAUAUAAGUUUAAAAACGAACAUGGCUGGAAGAAGUUUGAAAUUCCUGCAGAGAAGAACUCAAAGAAGACCGAUAAAGCCAUGGAUAUGUUGAAGUCAAUCGAGAAGGCACUGAUUCAGAGUAAAUUGUAUACCUAUCCUGUAAUUUGUGUUAAACCUGAUGUUGAUAAGAGCACAGUACAAAAAAUUAAGGAAAUCAUGCGAAAAAGAAAUGGGCAAAUAACUGAUAGCGAAGAUAAUUCUACUCACAUUAUCUAUGGAACUGUGGAUCACAAUGAUGAGUAUGGUAGGCCUGUUAUGAAAAGAGAUGAUAAUAUAAUUAUGCAUUGGUAUUAUUUUCCCAACUCUUACGAUACUUGGGUUAAUAUUGAUGAGGCCGGUUUGGAUGGAUUAACAGUUGAUAAUCCCAUUCCUAGAUUGGGUCCUUGGAGAGUGGCUUGCACAUGGGUUAUCGAAUCGGACCAAUACAACGAGUGGAUGUCUGAGGAAGACUAUGAAGUUGAUGAAUCGGGAAAAAAGAAGACACACCCUCAAAUGUUAUCUGUGGAGGAUGUAAUGAACCCCGCAGACGCGCCUUAUAAAAAAAAAUCGAAAAGAAAGAGGUCGCCAUCUCCACCAGUCAAGGUUGUAGUUGGUAAACGCAAGAAGGCUGUUAAAGGGAAAAUUAGAUCUGAUGAUAAUGAAAGCGAUGAUAUCAGGGAUACUGAAGAGAACACCAUGGAAAGUAUCGAUAAUCCACCAUCAAAUGCUUCAUCUAGAAAAGAUGAAUCUCAGAUGGCCAAAGAUUCAAUGGGCGAUCCAGAUGAGGAUAAAGGUGAAGAUUCACAAACUGGUAAGACUGGUAGUGAGAGCAACACUCAGGAUGAUGGUAUGGAAGACAAUGUAACUGAACAAACCCAUCAUAUAGUAAUACCAUCAUAUUCUGCUUGGUUUGAUUACAACUCGAUCCACGACGUUGAAAAAAGGGCAUUACCGGAAUUCUUCAACGGUAGAAAUAAAUCCAAAACUCCGGAAGUUUAUCUGGCUUACAGAAACUUCAUGAUAGAUACGUAUAGAUUGAAUCCUACCGAAUAUAUUACAAGCACUGCCUGCCGUAGAAAUCUGGCGGGUGAUGUGUGCGCUAUUAUGCGAGUGCAUGCUUUUCUCGAGCAAUGGGGUUUGGUUAACUACCAGGUCGACACUGAUUCGCGACCGACACCCAUGGGACCGCCAACCACUUCCCAUUUCCAUAUUUUAUCCGAUACGCCGUCAGGUUUACAACCUGUUAACCCUCCCAAAGUCCAGCAACCCAGCUCUGCCAAGUUGAUAGUCGAUAUGGAUAGACCCGGCGAGAUCAAGAGAGAGGAGAUGGAAAUUUCCAAGUUCGGACUUACUUUGGACCAGUACGCCAACAAGAAGCCGCCCGUAAUGAAGAACAAAACCGUCGCAUCGCUUACUAGAGAUUGGACGGAGCAGGAGACCCUACUCCUUCUGGAAGCCCUGGAGAUGUACAAAGACGAUUGGAACAAAGUGUGCGAGCACGUGGGCUCCCGCACGCAGGACGAGUGCAUAUUGCACUUCCUCAGACUGCCCAUCGAAGAUCCCUAUUUGGAAGACCCCGAGGCGGGCGGUGUUAUUGGACCUUUGGCCUAUCAACCGAUACCUUUCAGUAAAUCCGGCAAUCCAAUCAUGUCUACGGUAGCUUUCUUGGCUUCUAUCGUCGAUCCCAGGGUGGCCGCAGCUGCAGCUAAGUCGGCGAUGAAGGAGUUUUCGAAUAUCAAGGAUGAGGUUCCUUCUGCUGUGUUGGAUUCCUUCUUGAAGACGGUAGAGACCGCGGCUGCUGACGGAAAAUCCGAUCCCAUCGCCAGUUUGGGUUCAACAGGUAUUGCUGGAACCGCACCUGAAAAAGAAGAGGAAGUAAAAAAAGAAGAUGUAAAAUCGGAAGAAAAAACCGAUGAAGCUAAGAAAGAAGAAUCGGAAAAAGACGACAAGGAAAAAGAAAAGGAUAAGGAGAAAGAAAAAGAAUCUGAUAAAGAAAAGGAAGAUGAAAAGGUGAAAGAGAGUGAAAAGAUGAAGGAAAAAUCGACGGAAGAAGAAAAACCGGAAACGCCCACCGAGACAACGGAAAAAGAAAAAUCCAGCGAGGAAGAGGAGGCCAAACCGGCAGCGAAGCCUGUGAAAGACAGCGAAAUGCAAGCCGCAGCUGCCGCCACCUUGGCAGCCGCGGCCGUCAAAGCCAAACACUUGGCGGCUGUGGAGGAGCGCAAGAUAAAAUCGCUGGUCGCGCUCCUGGUGGAAACGCAAAUGAAAAAGCUCGAGAUCAAGCUGCGACACUUCGAAGAGCUGGAAACCACGAUGGAGCGCGAACGCGAAGGGCUGGAGUACCAGCGGCAGCAGCUGAUCACGGAAAGGCAGUGCUUCCACCUGGAGCAGCUGAAGGCGGCCGAGUUCAGGGCGAAGCAGCACGCGCAGCAGCGCAUGCUCAGCGAGCAGGGCCAGUGGCCCGCGCAGCCGCAGCAUCCGAUGUCGCACCCGGUGCCCCACGGGGAGCCCGUCCAGGGCGGCACCUCGACGCCGCCGUCCCCCCAGGCGGCCCAGGUGGCGUCGCCGGCCGCCCAGCCGCCUCACAUGUAGGUCUCGUCCUUUUUUUUUAACAUGAUUUGCAGACUUGCAAAAUGCACUUCAAAUUACAAUUUUGGACAGAAUGCAUUUUGCAAGUCUGCUCUUCUUUUUUUCGCCUUUAUUUAUUAUUAUGUGUCGCAUAGUUUUGUCUACAAACUGAUGGAUAUCAUAGUAUACUACAAUGGGAAGAUUGUGCCUUCUCUCUCUGAAUAUAUAUAUUCGAAUUCACGUUUAUUUGUAAGUGCGUUUUACAAAAUAUUACCAUUAAUUGUCGCAGUAAUUGUACCUAUUGUUAAAUUAUAUUGAUUGAUUGGGUGAUUCUUUUUAUGUCUAGGAGAAUUUAUUUACACUAAUAUCAUUCAUUAUGGAAUAUUUUAUACUUUUUCAUUUAGAUUUUUAUUGAUUAUUCAUUUUAACACAGUAUUG